GGAUAAUGAAAUAUGAUACAGGGAAGAGUUAAUUGUGUUUUUCUGAGAAACCGGUAGCAAAAAGUUUUUGGUUUCUCCAAAGGGGCCAAGGUGAUCAGCACUAGCUUAGCAGAUCAUCUUCCCCGCCCUUUUUCGCAUAUCUUUUCGGGAACUGGCAUUUCUUUUUGCCAAAUCUCCAGUUUCUGAAUGCCUGCAGGCGGCCAACGCCUCAUGCUUCUGAUCCAGGGUUCCCAGGGUGACCACAGGGACACCCUUCUUUGACAUUCACAAAUUUAUAUAUCUGCGCAGCAGCACAUUCAGCCUCGUAACUUUAUCUUGGGAUGCUGAAGAUCAGAGCCAAAAAGGUUGUCAAGAUGAGUUGCUUUUCAUGUUGUUCAGGGGAGAAACUAAGCAGAAAGUCAUUGAAGAGGAGUAUUAAGAAUUACAAGGACACGAAAACUUUAGCAUCAUUUGCCAACCUCUCCUUCAAAAGUGAUAGCAGCAGGAAAAGGUACAUAACAGAAGAAAUAAAGAAAGUUGGAAAAGGACAUAUAUCUGCAAAGAUAUUCGCAUUCCGGGAAUUGACGGUAGCAACUCAAAACUUCAACCUUGAAAAUAUGAUCGGGGAAGGAGGUUUUGGGAGGGUGUACAAGGGCCAACUUGAAGAUAAGGUUGUUGCGGUUAAGCAACUUGACAGAAAUGGGUUUCAAGGGAACAGGGAAUUCCUGGUGGAGGUUUUAAUGUUGAGCCUUCUUCACCACUCUAACCUUGUGAACUUAAUUGGAUAUUGUGCUGAUGGUGACCAAAGAAUCCUGGUCUAUGAGUACUUGGCCAAUGGCUCCCUGGAAGAUCACCUUCUUGAUUUGCCAGAGGGAAAAGCUCCUUUGGAUUGGAAUACCAGGAUGAAAAUUGCUGCUGGUGCAGCAAAAGGGCUAGAAUACUUGCAUGAAACAGCAGAUCCUCCAGUGAUAUACCGUGAUUUCAAAGCAUCAAACAUAUUGUUAGAUGCUGAGUUCAACCCAAAGCUGUCAGACUUCGGCCUCGCCAAGCUCGGUCCAACCGGGGACAAGACUCACGUCUCCACCAGGGUGAUGGGGACUUAUGGCUAUUGUGCCCCUGAAUAUGCAUUGACAGGACAACUCACAUCCAAAUCUGAUGUUUACAGCUUUGGCGUUGUGUUCUUGGAGAUCAUCACAGGGAGGAGGGUCAUUGACAAUUCAAGACCCACUGAAGAGCAGAACCUUGUGACUUGGGCAUCGCCAUUGCUGAAAGACAGGAAGAAAUUUGAUUUACUGGCAGACCCAUUGCUGGAAGGGAAGUACCACCAAAAGGGUCUUCACCAAGCACUUGCUGUAGCAGCAAUGUGUCUCCAGGAGGAAGACACAACCAGGCCGUUGAUGAGUGAUGUGGUGACUGCUCUGGAGUAUCUAGCAACGAACAAAGGUCCGGGUGAAGGAGGUGUACUAGAGGAAAAUGAAGAGCGCGAAGACGAUCAUGAUGAAGCUGAUAGAUAGGCCUGAAAAAGUAACUGGAUCAAAACUGGUAGUGAAGCACCUGGAAGAAAACUGAGUGUUUCAUAGGGGCCAAAGAUUGAAAGGAAAGAAUGGGGAAUGUUUGUUUGGUUUGUUUUGGUCAUCUUGGCACCCUCUAGGCUGGUCGAAGAGUUAAAAACAACAAAGCUUCAUAUGUACCAAAGGAGAAGCUGUGGAACUUUGUUGGUACUGUGUGUAAGUUUUGUAGCAAGCAGCAAUUGGAGAAUUUCCCGUUUAUUGAAAAGCUUGAGAGUCUCAGCUGGUGAAUCCCUUGAUCUUGAACAGACUUGCUCGCUUGGUUGUUCUUAUAACAUUACACGACAUGGUAGCCUGUUGCCUGGUUGCUGUACUGGUUUUACAGCACCAAGCCUACCAAUUGGGAAUCCUAUAGUCCAGGAAAGGUCUUCCUUUUAGAAAAUUAUUUUAACUUAUUUAGAGGAAUAACAAUUUCGACAUAAC